AUGUCCGAUAAGGGCUCGCGAUGCACGGACUCUUCAAAGCCUAAGGCGACAACCAAGGUCAAGUCAAAGCCAUGGGAUAAGGUGGACGCUCAGCUGAAGCGCUUCGACGCUCUGCACGAAAAGACUAAUGUCAAGGUGAAUCUGAAAUUAUCUUCAGGGCAGCGCAUCAAACUCGACAAAUCUCUGAAUACUUACGGGGAAGGGCUCAAGGGAUGGUCUAUCAGCUCUGGCUUGAGGUCUCUACGCAUGGACAACAAGGCUGAUACUGGCGACGAUGUCAUCUCUAUUGAUGACUCAGAUAAUGACUCAGACCUCCCAGAGCCUAGUGACGUAUUGAACUCCUUUGGUGACGUAUUGAGCUCCUUUGGUGAUGGAGAGCGGAAGGGAUGUGAUGUCGCAAUUCCUUCUAAUGAUACCACGCACUAUUCUAACUUGGAAGUCAACGCUGCAUUACGAGAUACUCCCUUAUAUGACAAUGAGAAUAUCAGAUGUAUGAAUACUGGUUCUUCUAUGCCACAAGCUUAUGAUAACUCUCCUCACACCGAAAACUGGCUCUGGAAUACUCCAGCUUUGAAGGGGCAGAAGCAAAAAAAGUGA